GCAUCGCUGUGUCAGUGUUUGUUCAGUUUUCCGUUUAAAACGAAGGACCAAGAGUCGACAAAGCAAGUAUUCAUCAAAAGUGUAUUGAUUAAAUUGAGAAUAGACAAAAAAGUACGAAUAUGAGUGUCACACGAAAUGUUUCGGAAAAGAUGAGUGAAAUAGCCGGCCUACAUUUUGUCAGCAUCGUGCUCACAUUAUACAUCUGCAUACUUCCCAGUUUAGCUGUACCAGACUUAAAAUUAGUGCAUGUUCUGUUCGCGCGUAAGUUGUACACGCCUUGGGAAGGCGACAUAGAAACGAAUGAAAUCAGCCUCCCGGAAACUUUAUCGUACGAAUCCUUUAUUUCCGCCACGAUGAACAUGCCCCUGAAUGCAGAACAGAAUAUGUACGCUUUUGGAGCGCAUUUACGCGAGAUUUACAAGGAAUUUCUAGGCGAUAUAUAUAUGUCCGAAAUUAUGAAAACACGUACGACACAGCAUUCCUCGUCGAUCUUAUCGGCUCAGCUUGUUCAUGCCGGCUUGUGGCCGCCAGCAAAAAGUCAAAUGUGGAAUAAUAACUUAAAUUGGCAACCGAUACCAUAUGAAUAUGCAAAGCUGAAAGAGGAUACAUUGAUGCUGGGUUCUCUGUGUCCGAAUUUUAUUUCACAGAUGAACCAAAUAUUAGAAACAACCAAAACAAAACAAAUGCUAGCACAAUAUGAAUCUUUGUUCGAUCAUCUGUCUGAAUACACUAAAAGAGAUAUAAGCACCCCAUCGGACGUGGCUCUCUUGUAUGCCACUUUAGAAACAAUGGCGGAUCGAAACAAUAUGUUACCCAAUUGGGCCAAGGACGUGUUUUCCGAUGAUACAAUGUACAACGUCACCUUGCUGGAGUACGAUCUUCUUUCGGCGACUCCUCUGCAGAGGCAGUUAAACGGUGGAAUCUUUGUAGGAGAGAUUAUCAGUAACUCGUUACGGUAUAUAAUAGGUGAUAUACCAAAAGAACGAAAAAUGAUGUUGUAUAGUGGUGACGCAAGAAAUAUCGUCGGGGUUCUGAAGAAUCUUAAUCUCUGGUCGCCUCACAUUCCUAACGAAGCAGCUGCGUUGAUAUUCGAAUUAUAUUUCGAUAACGACACGAAUGCUUACGGAAUAAAGAUUAAUUAUUACGCGAGUAUGGACGACACGAUGAUCCUUCUGCAAUUACCAAACUGCACAGAUAUAUGUCCACUACAGACUUUACUAAAUGCCAAUAUCAAUCUACUAUCUCAGGACUCGCGAUCUUUAUGCGGUUGGUUUACAGAGAACUUAAUAAAAACGGAAGAUCCAUUAGGAAGGAAGGAAUUUAACUCGUCGAAUUAUAAUGGAUUUAUUUCGUAUCAGUACAAAAUUUCAAUAUUUAUUUUAAUAUUAUUUUAUGUAGCUUUUAAUACUUAAAGCAACUACGAAUAUAGUAGAAUUUAAACAGUGAAGUUAGAUAAAUACUUUCUGUUUAAGUUAGAUAAAUACUUUCUGUUAUGUUUGUAAAACUUUUGUAUAUAUGAAAAUAUACGAAAUGAAAAAACGUAAUGUAGGUACAUAACUGAUUAAAAGGUUACUCCUAA